AUGACGCCAGUUCUAAAGAAUUUUUUUAAUCAAGAGAAAAAUCAGUUGUGCAUGUGCCCUGAAGAAGAGAAGGAAUACAUAGGACCACUAUUUCAGACAGUAGAAGAGACUCCGCAGCCCAUAUCCACUAGGAUUACUGGGAGAGUCCCCGGAUGGAUCACAGGCAGUCUAUACCGCAAUGGACCUGGCAGAUUUGAUUUCGGAAACAACAAAUUUAACCAUUGGUUCGAUGGGAUGGCCCUUAUGCACAAAUUCACAAUUGAGAAUGGAAAUGUAACUUACAUGAGCAAGUUUCUUCAAAGUGACUCCUACAAGUCAAAUGAACUUGAAAACAGGAUUGUGAUCUCUGAAUUUGGUACGGUGGCCAUGCCUGACCCCUGUAAGAGCUUGUUUCAGCGCUUUGUCUCAAUGUUUGAACUACCAAAACCAACUGACAAUGGAAAUAUUCACUUUGUGAAAUACAAGAAGGAUUUUUAUGCCAGCACAGAGACAAACUUGAUUCGGAAGGUGGAUCCAGCAACAUUAGAAACAACAGAGCAGGUUGACUGGAGUAAAUAUAUUGCUGUGAAUGGCGCAACUGCUCAUCCCCAUUAUGACCCUGAUGGGACUGCAUACAACAUGGGCAACUCCUAUGGCAUGCAAGGAACAUUUUACAACAUUAUUAAGGUACCUUACCAAAAGGAUGAAGAUGAACUGCACGGCGCCAAGGUUAUUUGUUCCAUACCAGCAAGUAGCAGCUUGAAUCCCUCAUAUUACCAUAGUUUUGGAAUGACAGAAAACUACAUUGUAUUUAUAGAACAACCACUCAGGAUAAAUGUGAGCAAAAUUCUGACAUCUAAUAUAACGGGGUCUUCAAUAUCCAACUGCUUAGUAUGGGAUCCCAAAUCUGACACUGUUUUUCACGUGGCAAAUAAACACACAGGGAAGCUUCACUCUGUGACAUUCCACACUCAAGCAGUUGCCAGCUUCCACCAAAUCAAUGCAUAUGAAGAUCAGGACUGCAUUGUGCUCGAUCUCAUUUGUCAUGAUGAUGGAGUAGUUUUUCAUCUGUUUAGCUUGCAAAAUCUAUGUAAAUCUGGGAAAGAUUUGAAUGAGGCAUAUCACUUACUUCCAAAGUCUCUUCCACGCCGAUUUGUACUUCCUCUGGUUAUACACUCUGACACUCCACAUGACACCAUCAUCAACCCUCUCGGCUAUACUACGGCCACCGUUGAGAAAAGAGCUGAUGGGAAGCUGUGGUGUACGCCUGAAAACCUGUAUGAUCACACAAUUAAGGACAUUGGAGGCCUCGAUUUUCCUGCAAUCAACUAUUCCCAAUACAACACUAAGAAAUAUCGCUAUUUUUAUGGGUGUGGGUUCCAACAUUUUAUAGGAAGCAGUCUUGUAAAAGUGGAUGUUGAAACCAAGAAGUUCAAGGUUUGGCAGGAAGAUGGCUUCUACCCCUCAGAGCCAGUGUUUGUUCCCAGGCCACAACCAUGUGAUGAAGAUGAUGGUGUGAUCCUCUCUGUUGUAGUCUCACCACGACAGGAAAAAACUGCCUUUUUACUUAUCUUAGAUGCCAAAAACUUCAAAGAGAUCGGCCGAGCUGAAGUUCCUGUACAAAUGCCUUAUGGACUCCAUGGAUUAUUUAUGCCACAACAUCAAUGA